UACUGUGUCUCUGUUUUCAUAGCUUGUUAUAUAUAAUAUAUAUUUAUAAAAAAAGGGAUAAUAUUAAAUUCUUACUAUUAAAAGUCUGAAUACAGUGUGAGAGAGAAAAAAAAAAUUAAGAAAGAAAAAUAAUACGAGAAGAGGGAAAGAAAAAGGAGCUACAACCCCCAAAGGAUGAGAGUCUGCACUAUUACACUUCUACUACUUCAACUACUUUCAGAGCAACUGCCUGUUCUACUUGUGCUGAUUCUUGCAUCAGGUUCUACUGCUACUGCUACUGCUACUACCACCACUGCUGCUGCUACUACAUUCAGUCACUUUCCCACCAACCAACAAAACUACCAACGACAUCAUGGGCAAUUGUGGCACUAGAGAGGAAGCUGCUGUUGUCUCCAAUGCUCAAGUUCAACAGCAGCUUCACCACAUGUUAUCCUCUUCUUCUGUAAAAAAUGGUCUCCCUGAGAAGAAGCAUAGUCGGUCUAUAUCAGAUCUGAGUGAUCCUACUUCUACUCCUAGAAACUUUGAGGAUUCCAGGAAGAAUGCUGUUCUUUAUACCCAUGUAAUUGCCUUCACUUUAUAUGAGCUUGAGACUAUUACUAAGAGUUUCCGUUCUGAUUACAUUCUGGGAGAAGGUGGAUUUGGGACUGUGUAUAAAGGUUACAUUGAUGAGAAUGUCAGAGUUGGUCUCAAGUCUCUUCCUGUUGCUGUUAAGGUUCUCAACAAGGAGGGCCUUCAGGGCCACCGCGAAUGGCUUACGGAAGUCAACUUUUUGGGGCAGCUUAGGCAUCCUAAUCUGGUCAAGUUGAUUGGAUAUUGUUGCGAGGAUGAUCAUAGAUUACUUGUUUAUGAGUUCAUGUUCCGAGGAAGCCUUGAGAAUCACCUCUUUCGAAAAGCAACUGUUCCACUGCCUUGGGCCACAAGAAUGAUGAUUGCUCUUGGAGCUGCCAAAGGGCUUGCUUUCCUUCACAAUGCUGAAAGGCCAGUUAUAUAUCGUGACUUCAAAACCUCUAAUAUAUUACUGGAUUCUGAUUACACAGCCAAGCUAUCUGAUUUUGGGCUUGCAAAAGCUGGACCGCAAGGUGAUGAAACUCAUGUAUCAACUCGAGUAAUGGGAACCUAUGGGUAUGCUGCCCCUGAAUAUGUGAUGACCGGUCACCUUACUGCAAGAAGUGAUGUAUACAGUUUUGGGGUUGUUCUUCUAGAGCUAUUAACGGGUAGGAAGUCUGUUGACAAGACAAGACCCAGCAAGGAGCAGAGCUUGGUAGAUUGGGCCCGGCCAAAGUUGAAUGAUAAGAGAAAGUUGCUCCAAAUAAUUGACCCUAGAUUGGAAAAUCAGUACUCUGUAAGGGCAGCACAGAAAGCCUGCAGCUUGGCAUAUUAUUGUUUGAGCCAGAAUCCCAAGGCAAGGCCCUUAAUGAGUGAUGUAGUCGAAACUUUAGAACCACUACAAUGCAGUAAUGAUGGUGCUACUGAAGUCACAUUUACCCCAACCUUAGCAGGUGGUGCUGGUGCAUUUGCAAUGGGAGGAGUUCCUGAUUACCGAAUGCGCCGUAGAUUUGCCAACAAUGUUGGUCCUGGUGCAAAUUGUCGGUCACCUAAUCCAAGUUGCUCCCCAGGUGGUCCUGCAGCAUGCAGGGUUAGAUGAGCAAUGUGGUCGCUAUGUAAUUGGUGUGCUUUUCCUCUCCCAACAGUCUUUGGGGAUAACAAAUCUGAUUUUUAAAUCAUGAGUGCAUUUUCUUUUGGCUCUUCCUGUACAUUCUAUCUUGAUCCCCAACAAGCUGUUAAUUUUUGCUGCCUGACUCUGUGCUUGUAUUAGUUUCCUAGUGAAGUAUUUUGAGCAAUAAAAAUGCCAAAUGAAACUA